UCUCACCACCAGCAGCUUCAAGCCUUCACCUCCUCGGUUGCACCUCGAGUCACCGGAGCUCAAAAAGAAGCAAGGUUUCCAAGUGCUCCAUCUUGCUACUAGCCAUGGCGCGGCCAGGCCAGUCGGCGUGGCUCCUCCUCGCGGCCGUCGUGCUGCUCGUCGCGUCUGCCGCGACGGCACAGGACUGCGUGUCCGCGGCGUUCAGCUCCGGCCGGUCCUUCCUCAAGUGCAACUCCCUGUCCGUGCUCGGCGCCAGCCUGCACUGGACGUACCACCCGGAGAACGGCACAGCCGACAUCGCGUUCCGCGCGCCGUCGGGCACCGACGGCUGGGUCGGCUGGGGCAUCAACACCGUCCGGCCCAACCAGAUGCAGGACACCAGCGUGUUCAUAGCCUCGCAGGACGGCAGCGGCGUCGUGUCCGUCCUCUCGACCUACCUGGAGAGCACGUCGCCCACCCUGACGCCCGGGAACCUCAAGUUCAACGUGACAGUCGGGCCCAGCGCCGAGUACUCGGGCGGCGCCUACACCAUCUUCGCGACGAUCGCGCUGCCGGGGAACAACACGAACCAGAACACGGUGUGGCAGGCCGGUCCGCUCAGCAGCGGGUCCAUAUCGCGGCACACGACGGCGGGGGCUAAUUUGCAGAGCACGCUGAGGCUGGACUUCCUCUCCGGGGCCAGCGCCGGGGCCUCAAACUCCAGGCUGCACCGCCGCAAUAUCCAUGGAGUGCUCAACGCGGUGAGCUGGGGCAUCCUGAUUCCCCUUGGCGCCAUCAUCGCACGCUACCUGCGCGUCUUCGAGUCCGCCGACCCGGCAUGGUUCUACCUCCACAUCGCCUGCCAGUGCUCCGGCUACAUCCUCGGCGUCGCCGGCUGGGGCCUCGGCCUCAAGCUCGGCAGCGAGUCCGUUGGUACCACCUACCAUCCCCACCGCAACAUCGGCAUUGCCAUCUUCUGCCUCGCCACUCUCCAGGUGUUCGCGCUCCUGCUGAGGCCUGACAAGAAGAACAAGUACAGGUUCUACUGGAACAUCUACCACCACUCCGUCGGGUACUCCGUGAUCAUCUUGAGCGCCAUCAACAUCUUCAAAGGGCUCGACAUCCUGAAGCCGACCAGCGGCUAUAAGACGGCCUACAUUGCCAUCCUGGCGACGCUCGGCGGCAUCGCCCUCUGCCUCGAGGUCAUUACGUGGCCGAUCGUCCUCCGGAGGCGCAAGCGCGACGCCGACAAGGCGCCAGCCCGCAACGGCGCCGGCUGGCAGCAUGGUGUGUAACGAUCAGAUCUCCGUGUGCACUGCACUGUCCGUGUGUGCUAGUUUUGCUGCGAUCGACGGUGUGAUGUUGUUUUGAGGUGGUGUUGUAUCUUUUUUGUUACUGCUCCUGUAGAGUACUUCCUUUUUUCUUCUAUUUUAGGGCUCUCUGAUGGCAUCUGUACACAUUUUUUCUUCUGAUCAUUGAUGUAUGGUUACUUUUAUUUAUAUGCAUAGUGUAUGGUUUCUAUCA